CACGGUUUACGUACUAUCAACAUAGAGUAAAAGCCGGAUUCCCAAACACGUGUAAGGGCACGUGAAGGUAACACAGCUCUAGCAGCCGGUUGCAGUGAUAUUGAGAGGUCAGUCGUCUUCAUAUUCCACCUAAACAGGAAAUCCAAGAUGUCUGGAGAACUGCCCCUCAACAUCAACAUCAAAGAGCCGCGAUGGGACCAAGGAGCGUUCAUGGGCCGCGCCAAGCACUUCUUCAUGGUCACGGACCCCAGGAACGUCCUGCUAUCCUCCGGGACGCUGGAGGAGGCCCGGGUGAUCGUGGAGAACUACAGGGCCGGGGUGGUGGCGCCCGGCCUGACGGAGGACCAGCUGUGGCGGGCCAAGUACGUGUACGAUUCGGCCUUCCACCCCGACACCGGCGAGAAGAUGUUCGUGAUCGGCCGGAUGUCCGCUCAGGUGCCCAUGAACAUGUCCAUCACUGGCUGCAUGCUCACCUUCUACAGGACCACACCGGCGGUGGUGUUCUGGCAGUGGGUUAACCAAUCCUUCAACGCAGUGGUCAACUACACCAACCGCAGUGGAGACGCUCCCAUGACAGUCAAUCAGCUCGGUGCGGCCUACGUGAGCGCCACGACUGGCGCCGUGGUCACCGCCCUGGGCCUGAAGUCUCUGGCCACGCGUCUCCCGCCCAUCAUCAGCCGCUUCGUGCCCUUCGCCGCCGUCGCCGCUGCCAACUGUAUCAACAUUCCUUUCAUGAGACAGAGGGAGUUAAAGUACGGCAUUCCCGUGACGGACGAGAACGGGAACAGGUUAGGAGAGUCUGCCAACGCGGCCCAGCUGGCUAUCAUGCAGGUGGUGGUGUCCAGGAUCGGCAUGGCGGUGCCAGCUAUGGCUAUCCCUCCCGUCAUAAUGAACACACUGGAGAAGCGAGCCUUCAUGAAGCGCUUCCCUAUUCUCAACGCUCCCAUCCAGGUGGGGCUCGUGGGUUUGUGCUUGGUGUUUGCCACCCCGCUGUGCUGCGCCCUGUUCCCACAGAAAAGCUCUAUGAAAGUGAGCGGGCUGGAGCCGGAGCUUCAGGACAGGAUUCGACAGAGCAACAAGACCACCACCCUGGUCUACUUCAACAAGGGCCUGUAGGACCUCCACGCGCACGGCACGGCACACACACACACACACACACACACACACACACGCACGCAUAUGGGUACACAAGCAAUUUAUUUAUGUUUUUGGAAACGCAAGUCCAGCACACUGAGGAAAGACGUUUGUGUGUAAAAGUAACGUUACUGAUGUAUUUCGCUAUGAACUUGAAUGUAAGAUCCCUGUCCUAUUGUACUUCUACACUGGUAGUAUUGUUGAUUUAUUUCAAAAUGACAACCCCUGUUUUUGCUGUCGGCCUCAGUGUUAAAGUGGUGCACCUUUCCUUUAAGCCAGGGGUGGGCGACCUCCAGUUCGUGGGCCACACUAUAGAGCACUUGAUUCGGCCCACUAUGAAAUUAUACAACCAAAAUGCUGAUAAAAAUACACCAGAAGAGUGGAAAAAUGUAUUUCAGUACAGGGUUUUUUUUUUUUUUUUUUUUACUUCAGAGCAAAACGAUUCCUGAUUUUAUUUUGUGUGAUUUUAAUAAUCGUAUCUUAAAGCUAACAAGAUCCAAAGUUCUCAAUCACAAAAUUAGAAUAGCAAAGUAAACCUCUUUUUUAUUGACAUAAAAUAAGGGAACACUGUCAUAUGAAUGCUUGUAAUAAAAUGAGCAACUAUGGCCCUUUGAGGACUCCAUACAAACUUUAACAUGGUUCCCCACCCCUGCUUUAAGUGUACUUAAACCCCUUUGUAUUACAGGUAAUGAGCUACUGAAUGUACGUAGUCCGACUACUAUGCUACUGUUACACAGCGGAUGAGAACACACACUUACAAACAGCUUAGUGCUAAUGUUGGCCAAAGUUAACCGCGAGAAAAGUGAGUCCCUAAAGUUGUCGUUGUAACCCGACCACACCCUGCCGUGUUUCAAACUACGAAGCCAUACAGUCAUGAAACAAGCAGACAUUUUGUUGGACAAGCUUUCCUCUUUACGUGGCAUUAUUUUAAAGUUCUAACAUACUUGAUGGUGCAAAGACUAGUUAUUCUAUGUUGGACAUUAUAUAUGUAGGUGUGGAACAUGUAAACAGGAUUAUAAAAUGGAAUAUUCUAUAUUCAUGGAAAUGCAGUUAGGAAAAAUGCUUUUAGUGUUUGUGUGGUGUUUUUGCAGUGUUGGUCAUAACAGGGUUUUUAUUAAUAAUAUACAGUUUAUAUCGAUACAUACGCACUCAUUUCUCAAAUAGUGGCCGUAGCGCGAAUAGACGCUAUCAUUCGAGCGAACGAGUUGACUGCGAUGUAGCAAAGCCACGUACCGACGGUUCAAAACCAGAACCUACCGGCGGCCACUCGUCAAAAGCAGUUGCCGAAUCCCGUGCGCAACGCAAUAGCGCAGUCGAGUUCAGCUGCGUCGCUCACUUAAGGCGUAUUUUCCACAGCAAACGGACAAUAUAUAUAUAUAUAUAUAUAUAUAUAUAUAUAUAUAUAUAUCGUCAUGGGAAACCUAAUGAAUAAUAAGAGAAACUAUUCAUACAGCACAUUUUGCUGGUUUAUUUCACACUGAUACGAGUCCAAAUUCCAGCCGUGUCAUUUAUUUCAACUGUUGGAAUUCUUGAAAGGUUUCAUUCCAAUGUCCUUUUAUUGUAUAUAAUAGUUCAUCUCAUUAUACCUCACCUACAGGAAUCAUAACUUUCAUUUCAACCUGUCAAAGCAUUUGUCGCUCCCAGGUAAGGACGACACAAAGUCAAGGAACCAUAUUCAUGUUUAGAAUCAUGCUGCAAAGUUAAAUACUGAAGAUUGCACUUGCCGAGUGCGCUCGUUAUGAACUGCUGAUUUCGUCACUGGAAGGUUUUUGUACAGUACUGAUACAUAUUACUGUUACAACGCAUCCAAAGAGGGACAAGUUUAUGACGAAAAGAAAUGCGUUUUUCCCACAAGCUUUAUUCGAAGUGGUUUUGCACCAUGUCAUUAUGCAUAAAAAGAGUAUUUUAAAGAGCUACAUUACAUCUCAUUGUGUGUGUGUGUGUGUGUGUGUGAUGCGUUCUCGUGAUGUCCCAAUCAAGCACAUUGGAAUGGCACAAAUUAAGAUGUGUACUGAAGCCACAAAUGUUAAGACAAUCCAUGAAUAUGUUUUCACAGUCAUGUAGUGCUGUCAGCAUUGGUGCGGUGUACUCGCUUUUUGGGUUUUUUUUUUUUUCAUUGUGUUGGCAUAUAUAAAUUACUUGGACGUGUAUUUUACUCAGUACUAGAAUAAAAGAUGUGACUGACAUCCAA